AUGGUCAACCCGUACACCUCAAGUGGGCAGAUAGAAGGUGACAUUGUUGCCUUGACCAUGGCGAUUGCUUCGAGGGUAAAAUGGGAAAAGAAUUGCACUUUUGGCAUUCGUCAACUGGAGCGUUGUAGUGCGUCGGGCUGGGCACACUCGGGCGAGGCAUCCGUCAGUGGCCCGAAUGACAAGAACAGUUCAACCAAUCAGAACGGCUGCUUCCGUUAUCGAUCAACAGCGAACACGGUUCAAGAACUCCACUACUCACUUGGUCUAAUCAGUAGACUGUUAGACAAGUGUUAUUAG